GUCAGGCUCCCCUCUACGGGCCGUACCCCAAGGCAGCAGCCGCGGGUUCGUGCGGAGGAUGGGGGAGCUUGGAGGUUUCUGGUUCCAGUUUACGUGCUCACGUCUACCUAUGCAACCGGCCUCUGUGGCUCAAGUUCCACCGCCACCAAACCGAGAUGAUCAUUACGAAACAGGGCAGGCGUAUGUUUCCUUUCUUGAGCUUCAACAUAAACGGACUCAAUCCUGCCGCUCACUACAACGUGUUCGUGGAGGUGGUGCUGGCAGACCCCAACCACUGGCGCUUCCAGGGGGGCAAGUGGGUGACCUGCGGCAAAGCCGACAAUAACAUGCAGGGCAACAAAAUGUACGUCCACCCAGAGUCUCCUAAUACUGGUUCCCACUGGAUGAGACAGGAGAUUUCCUUUGGGAAAUUAAAACUCACCAAUAACAAAGGCGCCAAUAACAACAACACUCAGAUGAUAGUCCUACAGUCUUUACACAAGUACCAGCCACGACUGCACAUUGUUGAAGUUACAGAGGAUGGCGUGGAGGACUUGAAUGAGCCCUCAAAGACUCAGACCUUUACCUUCUCAGAAACGCAGUUCAUUGCCGUGACGGCCUACCAAAACACCGACAUAACGCAACUAAAGAUUGAUCACAACCCCUUUGCAAAAGGCUUCAGGGACAACUACGAUUCCAUGUACACCGCUUCAGAAAAUGACAGGUUAACUCCAUCUCCCACGGAUUCUCCUAGAUCCCAUCAGAUUGUCCCUGGAGGUCGGUACGGCGUCCAGUCCUUCUUCCCGGAGCCCUUUGUCAACACUUUACCUCAAGCCCGAUAUUAUAACGGCGAGAGAACCGUGCCACAGACCAACGGCCUCCUUUCACCCCAACAGAACGAAGAGGUGGCCAACCCUCCCCAGCGGUGGCUUGUCACGCCUGUCCAGCAGCCUGGGACCAACAAACUAGACAUCGGUUCCUAUGAGUCUGAGUAUACGUCCAGCACCUUGCUCCCCUAUGGCAUUAAAUCCUUGCCCCUGCAGACAUCCCAUGCCCUGGGGUAUUACCCUGACCCAGCCUUCCCUGCAAUGGCAGGGUGGGGAGGUCGAGGUUCCUAUCAGAGGAAGAUGGCCGCCGGACUCCCAUGGACCUCCAGAACCAGCCCCCCUGUGUUCUCUGAAGAUCAGCUCUCCAAGGAGAAAGUCAAAGAAGAAAUGAGCUCUUCUUGGAUAGAGACUCCCCCUUCCAUCAAGUCUCUGGAUUCCAACGAUUCGGGAGUGUACACCAGCGCUUGUAAGCGAAGGCGGCUGUCUCCCAGCUCCUCUAGCAAUGAAAAUUCUCCCUCCAUAAAGUGUGAGGACAUGAACGUCGAAGAAUACAGUAAAGACACCUCAAAAGGCAUGGGGGGCUAUUAUGCUUUUUACACAACUCCCUAAAGAGUGGUUUUGACCUCAUCAAAACGAGCUAAGUUUUUGCAGAUGAACUUGGUGGUGUUUUUUUGUUGUCUCCUUUGCCUAGGUUGCCAAAAAGAUGUUUGCCUUCCACCUUGAUGCAUCCUGUUCUGUGCAAUUCUCUAAAAGAAGGUGCCAAAGCUUUUUGAUUGCUGCAGGUAAUGGAAACAAGCCUAGCAUUUUAUUUUUUUCUUUCUGAAAUACAGUUAAUUGAGGACUUGGAAGGGUUUUAAAAUUUGAAGGUCAUUCAAAGUUCUGGAUUUAUUUAUUGGAAACACUAAACAUUCAGAGAAUGGGGCUGCGAAGAUGGAGUGCUGAGCGCUAUCCAAUGAGUUCAAAGCUUUGGUUCUUAUUUCUGUUUUUUAAAUCUGUGAGCAUAUAGAAGCCCAGAAUCGGUUAAGGUAUUUUGCUUCUAGAAGAGAAGGGCUGGUCCUUAAGCUUCAACAGGGGACUUUUUGCUGUUACCUUCUGCAAGGGACAAAAGAUGUUAGGCCUGGGAGGCAAGAAAAACUUUUGUAAAAGAAGGUAUUGGUCUUACUGACUUGGAUUCCUCCCAGGCUUUCAGCACAAGCCAUGUCUGCCCUGUUCAUGAUUGCCUCGCUGGCUAGGCCUCUGCUGUGUGCCCGGGUGGCUCAUAAGACUCAGGAGAGGACAAGGGAGGGAAUCACCCCCCCCCCUAAAGGAAAAAAGAAUGAACGAAAAAGAAAAAUUUAAAGUGUACAGUUUGUGUGCUUAGAUACACUGUAGAAUAAUGUGGAAUAUAUUGUACAAAUAGUCUACCUGUGUGUCUGAGAUGAUGUAAAAUCGGUGCUUUGGCUUUUGGACAGAAUGUGCAGAUCACCUGGCAACAGCUGCGGGGGCGGGGGGUGGGGGGGGGAUCCUUUCUCUCCUCAUCCCAGCCGAAUUGGGGAAUGUUCUGUUUACUUUUUAGAUAGUUAAGAAUGUAUUCAGCUACUCUCUACUUAACUUGAACCGUGUCUAAGGGAAACUCCUAUUUCGUCCUCUUCCUUCGCCACCCCCACUACCCAACUUGGUAAUGUGAAGAAAGUAAAACCCGAUGCCACAGCUCCUGUAGGCUUUUUAGAGACCUUGGAUUUUCAUGUACAGUCCUAGUAAUUUUUUAAUAAAUGUGGUUCAUUAAGGGA